AGUAAAGUGCUUAACUUUCAACUCAUAUACUUGCUAUGUUUGAAUAACAAGAUGCCACCUCGUAAAUCAUCCUCUUUCCGGAGCGAGAACAAUAGAAAGGAAUUCGAGAAGACACCCGAAUCACACGCUGAUCGGGCUGCUGAAUUGUUCGCUAGAGCCAGAGCGGAUGCGUCUCGCAGUUCUUCCUCUUCGUCGGUUCUGGGCAACGAAGAUGGAAUAAAGGCGAAAUCAGAUUCAAACCAAAAGCAAAGUAUACAGAAAAGCAGGCAGGUACAUCAAAAUGACGAUAUAGCCAAUGUCCCUAUUCCACUACCUGCCAUAUUGAAAUCAUUGGUGAAUUCAGCAUUGGGCUCUGCUGCAUUUUCAGUAAAAGAAGCAAUCCCAUUAGCCGGUAAACUGGUUCGAGCACAGUUGAACACACAAGAAAGGCUAUCACAUCUCAACGGACCAGUUUUAGUAGAUGCAGGGAUCAAGAGCGAAUUGGACAGACACAAAAUCUUGAUUGCGUUUGGUGUACGACAAUUGAGUAAUUCGGAUUCUGUAAUCACGAGUGCAACGGCUAAAGAAGCGGGAAAGGGAAAGAGAACGUCUGAUCAAAUCGCUUCUUCUCUUUCUGGAUCUUCACCAUCGAAAGCAAAUCAAGCAUCAAAGCGAAGGAAGGCUAUGGACGAUGAAGCCCUUUCACGUGAAUAUGGCAAUGUUGUCGCACCGAAGAAUGAACCUGGAGAAGGAGGAGAUCAAGUGGAUUACGUAUUCAAUGAAGUAUUGGAAGAAGACUCAUUGAAAGGAAGGUACGUCUAUGUGAAUAGGGCACCUAUCAUGACUGUUUGGUCAACACUCGUUUUGGAAAGGCUUGGAUUUGAAAGACGUGAAGCACUCAGUUUGGCACAUUGUUAUGUGAAUACAACUUCAACCGCUCGUGGAGUAUCGUUGGGUAUAAUACCUGCAUCAGAACAAGAUAAAGCUCUGAGCAAGAUCAGUUCCAAUCAGCCACACUUUGAAUUGAUGGGUGUAAAGAUCCCACUGAUCAAGCUUGGACAAACACAAGAAUGGCGUGGGAUAAGCAAAGGUGAAGUGAUCGGACCUGAUCAAGCCUUCAACUAUAUGCGUAAAUCGAUGUAUCAAACAUUGCCCCUCGUGAUCGGAUCUUUGAGUCUUUUAGCAGAUUCGUUCGUCAACCCAUCUGUGCCAAAGAUGAAAUAUGAGCUUACCGAUGCAGAAGCGGUCGAAGUUCCAGGACCAGAUCUAUUGCAUGCGAAAGCCUAUGAACUUUAUACGCAAUUUCGACCUUCAACAGCGGGUGAAUGGGGAAAGAAGUCUAUGUUUUAUUGUACGAAAGCUCUGGCUCUGCGACGUGGGUAUAGCACAGAGUUUGAACGUUGGGAUGAACGAAAUGAUGGAGAACAGAUGGAAGCGCAAGCAUUUGAAGACGAAUUGAGAGCCCUUGUGGCUGAUCAGGGUGGCAGUAACGAACAAGUUAGUAUCGGCGAAGAAGGGCAGGAAGAAAACAUCUCAAGGGUAAAGGAGGAAGAAGAAGUUUCGAAUACCCCUAAUGGAACGCAAGUGAAAGCAAAGUUUGCAGAAUAGAACUUUACAUCAUGCUCUAUAUUGCUAAUUGUACAAUAAUAUACACAUUUUUAAUACCGCUCUUUUGUACUACUUCUUCGUGGACUUCUCUCGCGAUCACGGUUUCGAUCCCGAUGGGAUGAAUGACGAUGCUCGUCGCGAGGCUUUGCGUAAGAAUUGUCUUCACGAUAUCGAUGUUGAUCAUGUCUUGCUUCGUCCCGUCUGCUAGACUCCCGUCGAUGUCGAUCAUCGGAGUGCCUGUCAGAGUAAGAACGAUGCGAAUCCUUCUCGUAUGAACGAUCGCUUCCUGAAUGAUGACGCCUGCUGUCAGAACUUCUACUUUCGGUAUGAUGACCUCGACUACCGUGCUGGCUAUCUCUUGAUCCUUCCUUAACUUUCAGCACUUUUCCUUGGGUUCUGCUUGAAUUCCAACUGUUGGAUAAUUUGCUGACACUUUGCGAGAAAUCCACCCAAAUUCUACGAU